UUAAUGCCCGGAGAUUCUGGCUCUGCAGGAGUCAUGUCAGGGGACCUCUAGAGCCAAUCUGCUUGGGUAGAGGAGUGAUAAUUAUUCAUGGGCUCCUGCCUCUUGCUCCUUCUCUUGCACGGCCCCACUCUGCUGACUCAGUGCCUUAUUCAGUCUUCUCUCCCUCUCUGCACUGCUGUAGCUGGACCCCUUUGCCUUCAGCACCUCUGAGCGCCUGCACAUCCCACCAUGGCUAAAACAGCAAUGGCUUACAAGGAAAAGAUGAAGGAGCUGUCCAUGCUCUCUCUGAUCUGCUCCUGUUUUUAUCCUGAACCUCGCAACAUGAACAUCUAUAAAUAUGACGAUAUGGAAGUUAAACAAAUCAACAAACGUGCCUCAGGCCAGGCCUUUGAACUGAUCCUAAAGCCACCAUCCCCAGUUUCGGAAGCACCACGAACUUUAGCCUCUCCAAAGAAGAAAGAGCUCUCCCUUGAGGAGAUCCAGAAAAAGCUGGAGGCUGCCGAAGAGAGGAGAAAGUCCCAGGAGGCCCAGGUGCUGAAACAUCUGGCAGAGAAGAGGGAACAUGAGCGAGAGGUGCUUCAGAAAGCUCUGGAGGAGAACAAUAACUUCAGCAAAAUGGCAGAGGAAAAGCUGAUACUGAAAAUGGAACAGAUCAAAGAAAACCGUGAAGCUAAUCUAGCUGCUCUUAUUGAACGUCUCCAAGAAAAGGAGAGGCAUGCUGCAGAGGUCCGUAGAAACAAGGAGCUCCAGGUGGAACUGUCUGGCUGAGAACAGCAAUGGUGGAUGUGACCCAUCCCCACCAUUAGUAAACUCCCCCUGCCUAUAUUAUUAUGGAUCAUGCGAUAUCAGUAUGGGAAAUGUAUGACAUGGUUUAAAAAAAAAAUCAAGAACUCAAUAAAAAC